UCUCUUCUGCUCGGUGCAGGAGGGCCUUCGUGGGUUCUGACAGAGGCGUGGCGGGCCCCAGUUGUCCCCGUUCCAAGGUCAUGGACAGGCGAGGCAGAGGGCACCAGCCAAGGCCCUGAGAACGCUGCCCAGGUGAUGGAGGCAGGCAGCGGAUUGUGACCAUGGAGGCUUGUGGAAAGGGGCCCCCGGCCCCAGGGCCCUGGGAGCUGGCGAGAGAUGAAGUUUGGCUGCCUCUCCUUCCGACAGCCUUAUGCGGGCUUUGUGUUAAACGGAGUCAAGACUCUGGAGACACGGUGGCGCCCUCUGCUUAGCGGCCACCAGAACCAUACCAUCGCCGUCCACAUUGCCCACCGCGACUGGGAAGACGUGGCCUGGUGGGAACUGCUGGUGGAAAGACUCGGGAUGACUCCCGCCCAGAUCCAGGCCUUGCUUCAGGAAGGAGAGAAGUUCGGCCGGGGAGUGGUAGCUGGGCUCGUUGACAUCGGGGAGACUUGGCAGUGCCCCGAGGACUUGGCUCCUCAGGAGCUUGUGGAACUGGAAAGUCAGGCUGUCCUGACCAACCUCCAGCAGAAGUACCUGACAGCCAUCUCCAACCCCAGGUGGCUGCUGCGGCCCAUCCCUUGGCCAGGAGGGAAGGAUGUGUUCCAGGUGGACCUCCCGGAGCACCUCAUCCCUCCGGGACACAAGGCGUGAUGAGCGUGCAGCCCUCAAGAGAAUGUUGCUGACGGGGCAGCUCAGCAGCCUGGUGCGGGUUCCUAGCAGUAAGAUCAGGUGAGAGCUGCCACUGCGGAAGACUGCUACGCCAGGUGCAGUUCGUAUCCAUGGACUGCUUUACUCCCAUGCAACAGAGGGGCUGGGCUUAUCUGAGCUCACUGACCUUGUGUCAAUGGUAAGGAAAUGUCUUGGCUCGAUGAUGAUUGGGGUCCUG